AUGAGACCCAAGACGGAUGUUCUCAUUGUCGGCGCAGGCCCAACAGGCCUUGUCCUUGCUCUGUGGCUCCACCACCAAGGUGUCAAUGUCCACAUUUUUGACCAGGCAGAUGGUCCGGCGAAAAACUCACGAGCUAUAGUUGUUCAUGCACGCAUAGUGGAGCUGUAUAGACAACUUGGGUUGACCGAAGACUUGCUGGCGCUGGGGUUCAAGCUGCCGGCGUCAAAUGUUUGGGUCGAGACGGAGCACAAAGGCCACAUUUCGCUGCGAGACUUUGGACGCGAGUUGACCCCGUACCCGUUCAUGCUGAAUAUACCGCAAGAUGACCAUGAAAGAAUGCUCGAAAAGCGACUGAAUGACGUCGGCAUCCAUGUCGCACGAGGGUUAAAAUUGCAAGGCUUUGUGGACCACGGGUCAAGCAUCACUGCUACCCUGUUCCGCGAGAGUGACCAGAGCUCAAGCACACACGAGGCGUCAUACAUAGUUGGGUGUGAUGGAGCACAUUCAGCUGUUCGCCGCGGAAUUGGUGCCAAAUUCGAAGGCGAAACAUACAAACCGCUGUUCUACAUCGCCGACGUCGAAGGCAAAAGCGACAAGCACUUCAACGGCGAAGGGCACGUAGUGUUCACGAGCGACACUUUCACCCAGGUAUUGCCGUACAAAAAGGCAGGCCAUGCGCGAUUGGUUGGUAUUACGAUCCCAGAUACUGACGACGAUGACAAUGGCGAAUCGCCAGAGCCUGAGCAUCAGAUCACAUUCGAUGACGUUAGACCCCAAAUCAUGCAAGUGAUGGAUAUCGACAUCUCAAAUGUUAACUGGUUCUCAACCUACCGCUGCCACCACCGUGUGGCCGACAAAUUCUGCAGCAAUCGCGCGUUCCUUGUUGGAGAUGCAGCUCACAUCCACAGCCCAGUCGGUGGGCAGGGUAUGAAUACCGGCAUCAUGGACUCAGUCAACCUAGCGUGGAAGCUAGCAACGGUUCUCAAAACAAACAUGACCGAAGAAGCACAAUACCAACUAUUAGAUUCAUAUGAGUCUGAACGCCGGGAAUUCGCCAUGAUAAUAGUCAAGUCGACUGACAUGGGUUUUACGACGCUUACAUCGAAAGGAUUCUUCCCACACAUUCUUCGAAAUUGGCUGAUUCCAUACCUUGUGCCACUGCUGUUGAAAUUCGAUUUUGCCCGAACCAAAAUCUUCCGGGGCGCCUCUCAACUCAUUUGCAAUUACAGGGGCAGUAGUCUUUCUCGUAUUGGCGAAGGGACCGUGCAGCCUGGCGACCGUCUUCCAUGGGUUGAAAUCAACGAGGUGGACAAUUUUUCUACCCUACGAGAAGUUUGUUGGCAGCUCCAUAUCUACGGGGAGUCUGUGCCGGAACUUGAAAAGUGGGCCCGGGAAAUGAAUGCGAAGGUUUUUACAUUCCACUGGCACGAUCAAUACGGCAAAGUCGGCAUAGUCAAGAAUGCCGUUUACUUGCUCCGACCUGACCAGUAUAUUGCGGGCAUUUUUGAGGGCCCCUCUGCUAAGGCGGGGUUGGACGAGUACUUCGCUACUCGGGGAUUUUUUCCACAUACAGGCAGAGAUUAG